AGGAAUGGAAUGGGCCAGGAUGUGAUGUAAUGAUCUACUUAAGUAAUGAAUCUACUUCUUGAAACUCUUCGUGCUGAGAAAAGAUCUGAAGAUGACUGAAUUUGCAAGCUACUGCUGCUUCUUACUUUUGUCUCUGGUCCUGGCAAAUGCAGCUAGAUCUAACAGUACCGGUCAUUAUCAUGAAUGUCCUCAUGACAAAUUACCAAAAAAGUUCUUGGUUAGAACACAUUUGGAAGUUUCAUAUAAAUCUGAGGCAGCAAAGACUUUAGCUGUAGCUGGGAGGAAUGAGCCUUUUAAUCAACCUAUUCGCAUCAAUCUCCACUACAACUUUACUUUUUUGGGAGUAUUAUCUGAGACAAAACAGCAACAAGUGAAGACUAUCAUGAGUCAAGUAAAAGAGAAUCUUGAGUCAAUCCUUACAGUGAGAAGGACUCCAAGCCCUCUUCGAUUACGAAGGCAUUGUGUCAGUAAUGAUGAAGUUAUUUUAACUGGUCCUACUGAACCAUGUCUUCAUCAAUGUUCAACAAAAUCAGUUAUUUGUGAUGCUUUUCCAGUACCAUCAGAACAUCUACAGCGUUGUGUGCAGUGCAAUGGAGAUAGUAGCAAUUGUGUUGAGGCUUAUAGUGAUGGACCUGGUAUUGAAGCUGACCUUGCUCUAUAUGUAUAUGGUAUUGAUGUCAACUGUGAUGAGGGUACCAUUGCUUAUGCCACAGCCUGCCAAUUGGAAGAUCGAUAUGACAGGCCAAUAUCAGGAAUUAUCAAUUUCUGCCCAAGUGACAUUAAUGAUGCAGAACACGUUUUUAAGGUUGCAAAACAUGAAAUUUUUCAUGUGCUAGGAUUCUCAGAUAACUUAUAUCCAUGGUACAGAGAUGAAAGGGGAAACCCAAGAACACAUAGAGAUGCCAAUGGUAACCCACCAACUGAUGCUAAUGGUAAAUAUAUAGCAGCAGAAAAUACAGUAAAAACAGUGGUCAUUAAUGAUUGGCAGACGAGAUUCGGGACAAUGACAAAAACAGUUACACAAUUAGUUACUCCAAAACUUGUGGAGGUUGGAAAACAUCAUUUUAAUUGUGAUACUUUGGAGGGUGUUCAGUUAGAGGAUCAAGGUGGUAGUGGUACUGCCGGAUCACACUGGGAGAAAAGAUUACUAAAUUAUGAAGCUAUGACUGGUGUCAUAUCAGAAAACCUUGCAUUCUCCAGUUUUAGUUAUGCACUGUUAGAAGACAGUGGUUGGUAUAAAGUUGAUUAUAGCAAAGCAAGUAUACUAGUUUGGGGACGUGGUGAUGGAUGUGGAUAUGUUACUGGUUCUUGUGGAGGAUACAUUGACUCAAAAAGAAGACAGAAUGAGCCAAUAGCUCCAUUUUGUGAUUUCUUUACCGAUGAUGACCAUCAUCCACAAAACCUAAAAUGCAACAUAGACAGGACAGCAGUUGCUUUUUGUAACCUUGUGGAUAAUUACUUAUAUGUAGCAUCUUAUGUAUCAAUACCUCGAGAAUAUCAGUAUUUAAACUCAGGUGAAAAUUUUGACAGCUCAGCAUACAGGCUCCCGUUUUAUGGAGGUUUUGUUCAAUCAGCAGACUUCUGCCCAUAUUAUCUUGACCUACUAAGGGAAGCCCCUCGGGGUAUAUGCAGGAAAGGGAUCCCCCUAACUGCUAAUAAUGAAGCAGCAGAGACAUAUGGACCUAGAUCACGUUGUGUGGAUCACUCUGAAAAGUGGCAGAUCACUAAUGGCUCAAACACAUACACUGCCAAAUACAGUGCUGGAUGCUAUGAGUACCAAUGCUCCAAUAGUGCUGUUACUAUAAUGAUCCUUGGACAAUCAUAUACCUGUAGUAAAGCUGGUCAAGUGAUAAAAAUUGAUCAGACUACAAAUGAUGUGAGAUAUCGUGGAGGGAUUGUGUGCCCAUCCUGUGUUGAGAUAUGCUAUGAUGAUUUUACAAAUUGCCCUGAAGCAGCUAAACUAUAUAGAGAGUUAGCGAGUCCUACUCCUAGUAAAAGUGUUGGAAACCCUACUUCUUCUACUGCUAGUGUUCAAAGUUCCACUUCUUCUACAGUUACUGCUGGGAGUCCAACUUCUUCUACUGUUACUGCUGGGAGUCCAACUUCUUCUACAGUUACUGCUGGGAGUCCAACUUCUUCUACAGUUACUGUUGAGAGUCCAACUUCUUCUAUAGUUAGUGUUGGAAGUCCCACUCCUGCAACUGAUAGUGCUGGGAACCUGCUGCCAAUGGUGAAUCUUCUUCUUGCAGCGAUCUUUGCUUCAUUCAUUAUUAACUAUUAAAACUUUAGUCGUUAUGUGCAUGUGUAAGUUAGAGCAAUUCUUAGUAGAUUUUUCUUCACCUUUAUUCUAAUAAAUGCUUUAAUGUUCUGAUAUGAUUCUUUUUUUUACUUAUGAGUAGAUUCUAUUUAAUAUACCCUA